AUGCUGUCGUCUAUAGGACGUGCCGCGAUUAGACGGCUAGUCUCUACAUCUGCCACUACGACACCCCGCCGCAUUGCGAUCUCAUGGCCCAUUAGUCGUGGUCGCGGCUUCGUCCAAGGCUUUGCGACUGCAGGACAACCAAAGGCUUCCACUGCUACUAAGACCACCACCAAAACCUCUAAGCCUAAAGCCACCAAGACUACUAAGACUACCAAUGCCACCAAGGCCAAGUCCACCAGAGCCACCAAAGGUACUACCAAAGCAACAGCUACUAAAGCAAGACCCAAGAAAGCAACUAAGGCCAAAGCCACCAAGUCAAAAGGCAAGGGCAGGGCCGUACGAAAGCGAAAGCAAUUGUCACCAAAGAAGCAGGCCAUCCUUGAGAAAAGAAUGCUCAAGAAGACGGCAUUAUUUGACGAACCAAAGCUCCUUCCCGAUAGCCCAUGGACUGUAUAUGUAGCUGAGCAAACUAAGAAUAAAUCUACGAGCCCGUCAGAUCUUCGAGCUCGGAUGGUAGAGUUAGCUCAGAACUACAGAAACAUUCCAGCCUCGGAGCUACAGCGUCUUGCCGAUACUGGUGCGCAAAAUAAACUCAACAAUGCAGCUGCAUAUGCGUCGUGGGUAGAGGACCAUACUCCCGAUCAGACGGUUGCUGCCAACCGAGCUCGUCAACUCCUGAAGAGGAAGUAUAACUUCCCCGUGGCGACCUUGAAAGUCAUUCACGACCCGCGUGUCCCCAAGAGACCCAUUACUCCAUACAGUCUUUUCACAAAGGCACGAUGGGCUUCCGGAGACUUUGCAAACCGUCCCUUCACUGAGGUCUCCAGGGAAAUCGGCAAAGAGUGGGUGAGGUUGGCGGAUGUGGAACGCCAUGCGUAUGACGACCUGGGGAAGGCAGCCAGGGACGAGUAUGAGAAGGAAGUUGAAGCGGUUCUGCAUCGCAAGCCGGCUAGCCCACGUCGUUCAGCCAAGCCACCUGCGUGA